CAAGCCCCGCCCUAUCACUAGUAACAACAGGCGGCGGCGGCAGCCGGUCCCCUCCCCUGCCGGAACCGGCGCUGCCCCGCGCCGGCAUGAGGCCAGAGCGCGGCCGGCCGUCGCUGCGGGAGGCGGUUUGAGUUGAGCUUACUAACUGCAGCAAUGGUGCAGAAGUACCAAUCCCCCGUGCGGGUGUAUAAACACCCUUUUGAGUUAAUUAUGGCUGCAUAUGAAAGAAGGUUUCCUACGUGUCCUCUGAUCCCUAUGUUUGUAGCCAGUGACACUGUAAAUGAAUACAAGAGUGAGGAUGAAGCUAUCCAUGUGAUUGAACGGCGCUGUAAGCUGGAUAUAGAUGCACCACGGCUAUUGAAAAAGAUUGCAGGAGUGGAUUAUGUCUACUUCAUCCAGAAGAAUUCUUUGAACAGACGAGAAAGGACUUUACAUAUAGAAGCCUACAAUGAAACCUUCUCUAAUAGAGUCAUCAUUAAUGAGCACUGCUCUUACACAGUUCAUCCUGACAAUGAAGACUGGACCUGUUUUGAGCAGUCAGCAAGUCUGGAUAUCAAAUCUUUCUUUGGUUUUGAAAGCACAGUGGAAAAGAUAGCCAUGAAGCAAUACACCAGCAAUAUUAAAAAGGGAAAAGAAAUAAUAGAAUACUACCUGAAGCAGCUGGAGGAAGAAGGAAUAACUUUUGUUCCUCGUUGGACUCCUCCUGUUGCAUGUAAAUCAGAAGGUGUUACAUCUCAUCCAAGACGACCAGUUUCACCUGCUAUUAAUAUACCAGACUCUGCCACAAAGGAGGGCUUGAGCAAUAAGGAGAUCCUCAACACCUCAAGCAGUCCCUCAGAGCCCACAGCAGGAACACCAGAUGACAAGCUAGAUGCAGACUACAUCAAGAGGUAUCUGGGUGACUUGACCCCAAUGCAGGAAAGCUGCCUCAUUCGGUUGAGGCAGUGGCUCCAGGAGACUCACAAAGGCAAAAUCCCAAAGGAUGAGCACAUUUUAAGAUUCCUGCAUGCCCGGGACUUCAACAUUGAUAAAGCAAGAGAGAUCCUUUGCCAGUCACUGACAUGGCGUAAGCAGCAUCAGGUAGACUAUAUUCUAGAUACCUGGAACCCUCCUCAAGUACUCCAGGAUUACUAUGCAGGAGGCUGGCAUCACCAUGAUAAAGAUGGUCGCCCGUUGUACGUGCUGAGAUUGGGACAGAUGGAUACCAAAGGCUUAGUGCGGGCUCUUGGGGAAGAGGCCUUGCUGCGCUACGUUCUUUCAAUAAAUGAAGAAGGACUGAGGCGAUGUGAGGAGAACACAAAAGUAUUUGGCAGGCCAAUAAGCUCUUGGACCUGUCUAGUAGAUCUGGAAGGUUUGAACAUGCGGCAUUUAUGGAGACCUGGUGUCAAAGCAUUGCUAAGAAUCAUUGAGGUGGUCGAAGCUAAUUACCCUGAGACUUUGGGUCGUCUUCUUAUCCUUAGAGCACCUCGAGUAUUCCCAGUUCUUUGGACACUGGUUAGUCCGUUCAUUGAUGACAACACUAGAAAGAAAUUCCUUAUUUAUGCUGGAAAUGACUACCAGGGUCCUGGGGGACUGCUGGAUUACAUCGAUAAAGAAAUCAUCCCUGAUUUUCUUGGUGGAGAGUGCAUGUGUGAAGUGCCAGAGGGUGGGCUGGUUCCCAAGUCCCUCUAUCGGACAGCAGAAGAGUUGGAAAAUGAAGACAUAAAGCUUUGGACUGAAACAAUCUACCAGUCUGCAAGUGUCUUCAAAGGAGCUCCACAUGAGGUUCUCAUUCAGAUUGUGGAUGCCUCAUCUGUCAUCACAUGGGAUUUUGACGUGUGCAAGGGCGACAUUGUUUUUAACAUCUUUCAUUCCAAGAGAGCCCCGCAGCCUCCUAAAAAGGACUCUCUGGGAGCUCACAGUAUUACUUCUCCUGGUGGGAACAAUGUCCAGUUGAUAGACAAAGUCUGGCAGUUGGGGUGUGAUUACAGUAUGGUGGAGUCUCCCCUUAUCUGCAAAGAAGGGGAGAGUGUGCAGGGAUCACACGUGACCAGGUGGCCUGGCUUCUAUAUCCUCCAGUGGAAAUUUCAUAGCAUGCCUGCCUGUGCUACAACCAACCUGCCUCGUGUGGAUGAUGUAUUAGCAUCUCUACAGGUCUCCUCUCACAAAUGUAAAGUGAUGUACUAUACAGAAGUAAUAGGAUCUGAAGAUUUCAGGGGAUCCAUGACCAGCCUUGAAUCAAGCCACAGUGGAUUCUCCCAGCUCAGUGCUGCCACCACCUCUUCUAGCCAGUCCCAUUCCAGCUCCAUGAUUUCCAGGUAGUGCCACAACAGAUGAAAAUCAAAUGGAUGAGAUGGCUGGACCCUCGCCUGUGGCAGCUGACUGCAAUACACCAUAUUCAACUGGCAAUUGUGCAAAAAACCCCCCCACCCCACUAAAGCCUUUUAUAGAUAGUAAAGUAGCUGUUUGAAUUUUAAACUUAGUGGUUUUGGUCUUUGUUAGUUCCAGCAGCUAGUCUCUUCAGUUUAACCCUUUUUCUUAAUGCAGCCAUAAAUACUUUUGCAAGUAUGUUUGCACAGAUCCUAACUCUGAACACAAGGGCUCUCACUGAAAGGAAAACUAACCAGUGCAUCAGUUAGGAAUCAUUUUUAACUGUGUAAAUGUUUAAAAGUAAAAAAGAAAAAACCCUACCAAAAGUGCUCUGUAGUGCAUUAGAGAUCAACUGCGAGUCUCCUGUCGGACGUUCCUUGCCAUCUUAAGAAAUCCCCCGUGGUCUUGCAGUACUGCAGACUGUUCUCCCAUUGCCACCAAGUGAUGUCCGAGACAAAGAAAAGCAGUUGCUGGAUACUUGACUUUGUGAGUCCGUUCUUUUUCAAAGCAUGCCCACAGAGCUGUGGCCAGGCUGUAAACACUAAUACCUUUUGUAUGAGCACAUUUCUGGGGAAUCUUGAGCUCUGGGUCUUGAUGGGUUAAAGCAAUUCAUACUUUCCUUGGAUUUGUGCUUGAAGCACUGUGGAGAGAGAGGCAGAGAGCAGGCUCUCCCUCACUGUGUCACACUGGGCUGAUCCUGAUUUGUUCCCAGCUCAGUGCUGGAGCUUCACUCCACUUCUUUAGAGCUUAAGCUUGCUUCUUAAAUCAGCCCAAAGGAGUUAUGGCUUACAUCCUUCCUGUGCACUUUCCAAUCCUUCUAGCCUCCCAUUCUUCCCUGUGCAUGUUAGAAAUAGAGGUCUUGUGUUCUGAGCAGCAGAAGCUUUGCCAUAGGCAGGGAGCACAGCGAUCUUCACUGUGAGUGAUGCAGCAAGAGAUGCUCUCAGGAGUGCCUGCUCAACCACUUUCACUGCCAGAGGGGAACUGCCAUUUUGGGGUUUGUCCCCAUUCUACCCAGGCCUAAGAAAUCCUACUUGAACUCUUUUUGUUAGUCUGUUCAGGUAUCCUUCUACUUCAAGCCCUCUCUUCCACACACAGCAAAAGGCACAAAGGUGCAAAGAGCUCAGCUCAAAGCAGACAACUACAGACCAUACAUGGCAGUGGGGCAGAGAAGAUUUUCGUUUGAAAUGCAGCAGGAUUUGCAUUAAGUUAGACCCUGCUUGGUCUUUCCUCACCUUUUAGAGCUAAACUGUCCAUCCAUGCGAAAGGAACUGCUGUGGUGGCUAUAGGCCCUGCUAGGAAGCCGGAGAGGCUCUAUAAAAUCUUGGGGAGACAGCAUAAGUGGUGGCUAAGUGAUAGAGGAGCUUGUGGAGGUAUUGUACUUUCAGAGCAGAACUUGCUUAAGAUACUGGAUGCCUUGCCUGAGGAAAGCUGGUUCUGAACUCAGCAUAAACCUUGCUUUAUGACUGCAGAGUCUCUGAGAGAACCUCUCCUGUGGACCGGUUCUGGUUGCAGCUGACACGUGUCAGGUUUAGAGGUGCUGAGAGGUCAGUAUCCUUAAAGUGAACCAAACUCAUUUAUUUUGUCUAUUCUGGACUUAGAAAUUGAAGAUGGAGAUGAAACUGUUACUUAGGCUGCCGUAAGUGUGCUGUUGUGCGAGAAAAGCCACCACUUUGGUGUCAAGCACUUCCCCACCCAGCGCCUGCACAGCAGACAACCAUGAGUUGUGGCUUCUGGGCUGCUCAUAUGAGCUCUCUGCCUAGGAGGAACCUGAAGAGGUGCUUUGAUUCUUGCCAAGCAGGAACCAGUAUUCCCAGGCACAGGGAAGCCAGCACAGCAGGAGGCACAGUGAGGUUAAUUAAUGUAAUGACACUCAUGGCUCUUUGCAAAUGCCACUUUCCAUUUACUGGGCUGCAAGGGUUGAAGAUGGUCCCCUUUCUUUCUCUCUCUCCCUCUCUCUCAGAUGGCGAUUUUGCUGACAACUGUAAAGAAACUGCUUCAUUCAACACUCCACAUCUGUCCAGAGGUGUCUGGCUUUGUAGACCUUUUUGGGUUGCAGUCACUUUUCAAGUCUGAAGAUCUAGAUUUUGUUUUGCACUUGAGCUGGCUCAAAAGUGGCACUUUGGGGUUUUCCUGCUGUUCAUCUUAACAUCUUUUAGAGCUCAAAGCACAUGACAGCACAAACAGCUGGGGAGAUAAAAUUCCACAAAACCGGUAGUUCAUCCUCCUCUAAGCAAAGUGCUGUGGCAAUAUGACUUGAUUGCUGCAGUCUCAUUAAUUUCCCAUAUCCUGGUCUUUCUUUGUGUGAUAUUACUGCUCUUCCUUCUCCCUGCAAAUGACUCUUCUGUUGGCUCUUUUCCUGUUAUCAGUGUCCCCUCUGCACUCUCCUGUCUGUACUCAUGAACUGCAUAUCAAAUCCUGUAAAUGUUUUGUAUACAUAAUACCUCAUUCUUGGUAAUAAAUACAGAUAGUCUUUAAAAGAUUUUUUUAUCGUUAUCAAUAAAUGUGAAAUGUUUGGA